GUAUCCCCCCGACUACGGAUGGGAGUCAGAAUUCCCUUCAGGCCUUCGGCUCCGAUAAAUACCCGAGAGAGCUUAUCGCUUCCUUUUAUCACAUUAACCUUCUGUACUUUCCAAUUGGAAAAAAAAAAUGGCGAAUCUGGGCGAGGCCUCUUCUUCCGAUUCCAAGGGCACGAAGAGGGAUUUUAGUACUGCGAUUCUCGAGAGGAAAAAGGCGCCGAAUCGAUUGGUCGUGGACGAGGCGGUCAAUGACGACAAUUCGGUGGUCUCGUUGCACCCGGAGACGAUGGAAAAGCUGCAGCUUUUCCGUGGCGAUACGAUCCUGCUGAAGGGCAAGAAAAGGAGAGAUACUAUCUGUAUCGCACUUGCUGAUGAUACUUGUGAAGAGUCUAAGAUAAGGAUGAAUAAGGUUGUUAGAUCAAACCUCAGGGUGAGGCUCGGUGAUGUUGUUUCUGUCCAUCAGUGCCAGGAUGUGAAGUAUGGGAAGCGUGUCCAUAUACUUCCCAUAGAUGAUACCAUUGAAGGUGUUACAGGAAACUUGUUCGAUGCAUAUUUGAAGCCAUAUUUCCUGGAGGCAUAUCGUCCUGUAAGGAAAGGGGAUCUUUUCCUUGUCAGAGGUGGAAUGCGAAGCGUUGAAUUUAAGGUUAUAGAAACUGACCCAGCAGAAUACUGUGUUGUUGCUCCGGACACAGAGAUCUUUUGUGAGGGGGAACCUGUGAAAAGAGAGGAUGAAGAAAGACUUAAUGAGGUAGGAUAUGAUGAUGUGGGUGGUGUGCGAAAGCAGAUGGCUCAGAUUCGAGAGUUAGUUGAGCUUCCACUACGACACCCUCAACUGUUCAAGUCUAUUGGUGUAAAACCACCAAAGGGUAUCUUGUUGUAUGGACCCCCUGGUUCUGGGAAGACACUCAUAGCCAGAGCAGUUGCAAACGAGACUGGUGCAUUUUUCUUCUGUAUCAAUGGUCCUGAAAUUAUGUCAAAACUAGCUGGAGAAAGUGAAAGCAAUCUCAGGAAGGCUUUUGAAGAAGCUGAAAAAAAUGCACCAUCAAUUAUUUUCAUUGAUGAACUUGACUCCAUUGCUCCUAAGAGGGAGAAAACUCAUGGAGAAGUUGAGAGACGUAUUGUUUCUCAACUCCUGACAUUGAUGGAUGGCUUGAAAACUCGUUCCCAUGUAAUCGUCAUAGGUGCUACAAAUCGGCCCAACAGUGUCGACCCAGCUCUCAGAAGAUUUGGGAGGUUUGAUAGGGAAAUUGACAUUGGUGUGCCAGAUGAAGUUGGACGUCUGGAAGUUCUUCGCAUUCAUACAAAGAACAUGAAGCUUGCUGAAGAUGUUGAUUUGGAAAGAAUUGCCAAGGACACACAUGGGUAUGUUGGGGCUGAUCUAGCAGCUCUCUGCACAGAAGCUGCUCUUCAGUGCAUACGGGAGAAAAUGGACAUCAUUGACUUAGAAGAUGAAACCAUAGAUGCUGAGAUACUGAACUCUAUGGCUGUUACAAAUGAACAUUUCAAAACUGCUCUUGGAACCAGUAAUCCCUCUGCACUCCGUGAAACAGUUGUUGAAGUGCCCAAUGUCAGCUGGGAUGAUAUUGGUGGUCUUGAGAAUGUCAAGAGGGAACUCCAAGAGACUGUCCAAUACCCAGUUGAGCAUCCUGAGAAGUUCGAAAAAUUUGGAAUGUCACCUUCGAAGGGAGUCCUGUUCUAUGGGCCUCCUGGUUGUGGGAAAACUUUGUUAGCAAAGGCAAUUGCUAAUGAAUGCCAGGCAAACUUUAUCAGUGUCAAGGGUCCUGAACUUUUGACUAUGUGGUUUGGUGAGAGUGAAGCAAAUGUUCGAGAAAUCUUUGACAAGGCUCGCCAAUCUGCUCCAUGUGUCCUCUUCUUUGAUGAGCUCGACUCCAUUGCUACUCAGAGAGGGAGCAGUGUUGGAGAUGCAGGAGGUGCUGCUGAUAGGGUACUCAAUCAGCUCUUGACAGAGAUGGACGGCAUGUCAGCCAAGAAAACUGUUUUUAUUAUAGGGGCAACCAACAGGCCUGACAUCAUAGAUCCAGCAUUGCUCAGGCCAGGCCGUCUUGACCAGUUAAUUUAUAUUCCCCUGCCGGAUGAGGCCUCUCGUUACCAGAUAUUUAAAGCUUGCCUAAGGAAGUCCCCUGUUGCAAAAGAUGUGGACCUUUGGGCUCUUGCUAAGUACACACAAGGCUUUAGUGGAGCAGAUAUUACAGAGAUUUGCCAACGUGCUUGCAAGUAUGCAGUCAGAGAAAACAUUGAGAAGGAUAUCGAGAGGGAGAGGAGGAGGAGCGAAAAUCCAGAGGCUAUGGAGGAAGAUGAUGCUGAUGAAGUUGCAGAGAUCAAAGCUGCUCACUUUGAAGAGUCAAUGAAGUUUGCCCGGAGGAGUGUCAGUGAUGCCGAUAUCCGGAAAUACCAGGCUUUUGCACAAACUUUGCAGCAAUCAAGGGGCUUUGGAAGUGAAUUCCGCUUCUCAACUCAGUCAGGCACUGGAGCUGGGACUACUGGAUCCGAUCCGUUUGCUUCGUCAGGUGCUGGAGCCGAUGAUGAUGACCUAUACGGUUAAAUCAGGAAUACGUCUUCAUGUACUGUGCUAGUAUGUAUGUUGUUACCAUCUGGAUAAAUGGUGAAGCUACUUGUUAGAAAUAUAUUUUAGGAUGGCUUUUAGGGUAAUGUAUGCGGGACUUACGUGGCCCAAUUUAGAACUAAGAGUUUUCAGAAAUACUACGGUCUAAGAUGCCGAACCUUUGGGGCCUCCAAAAUUUCAGAUCUCUCAAAGCUGUUUUUGUUGUUUGGCAUGUAUGAAGUCAAAUCUAUGACACUAUAUAUUCUUCUGUAGUUCUAUGACUUGAUUGAUA